AUGUGCUUCGCCAAAACAAUAUACACAUGCCAGCACCAGGAACGGAAACGCGUAACCUGCCGCAAAACAUGGCACCAUCGAGCGGGUUGGUGCUUCCGCCCGCUCCUCCUCUUCUUCUUCGGCGACGCCCCCGAAGAGCCCUGCAGCGAGCUCCGCGUCAACGACACCAUCUGGCCCAACGUGAUCUGCCCCGAGUGCCGCACCGCCGAGGAGACCGGGAUCGCCACCAAGGGCAUAGUUACUAGUACGACCACGACCAACAAGUACCGCGAGAAGCUCACGCCCGCGGCGCUGGCGGCCUCGCGGCGGCGCAAGGAGGAACAGGAUAAGGAGGAGGAAAAGAUGCGGACAAACUACUGGUCUAUUCAGGAGGACUACCAGGCAGGGCUGAGGAAGCGGGAACUGGAAGAGGCUGCUCGACUUCAGGGUGGUGAUGCUUCUCUUGCUGAUGGGAGCGAAAACUACGCUGAUAGGCCUCUGCCCGCUCUUCCUGCUUUUCCUGCCGCCUCAGUUGGUGACACUCGUGGCGAUCCGGGAUACCAGGACCCACGGCUCCGUUCCAAGAAUAUGUUCCCUCCGCCUCCGCCUCCAGCUCCUCCACCGGCGCCUGAGAACAAGAAGACUACCAAGAAGAAGCGCAGAAGAAUGGAACCUCCCGUAAUACCCGAGAGACAAGAGGGCCCAUAUGAACGACCAACGAAGGAGAACCACUACGGCAGAGCUAGACAAGCCGCCGACGAGGCCAUCAGGAUCAUGAAGGAAGCUGAUGAGCCGUCGCCGGCAAGGCAGUCCAUCGCCGUGAGAAGGGGCAGGGAGAUGAAGCAACUGGCCAACAGCUAUCGAGAGGAGCAGGCCGCGCCGUGGCCCGAGGAGCCGAGUAUUCAACGGCGUCCCACGCCCCCGCCGGAGCCGGAGCCGGAGAAGGCGGCAAAGAAGAGUGGUAAGCGCAAGGGUGGUUGGAACCCGUUUGGUAACAAGGAUCGCCGAGACGAUGUGGCCCAUUAG